AUGGGCUUUCUCAAACCUGAAGUUGGCAAGGCCCGGAAGCCAAAAUUCGACCUUCACCUCAAGAUUUACGACCUCAACAACGUGCCGCUCGUUUCUGGUCAGGCCUUUGUCAAAUGGCACCUCUCUCACUCAAUGACCGCGGAGCAUCGCGGGCGCACGCAGAAAUGCCCUAUCGCCAACCACAGGGUUGAAUGGGGCUUUGUCACCGCGAUACCCUCUAUCCGCAUAUCGAUAGACCGCAAUAACAACCUUACCGAAUGUCCCAUGGAGUUUGAGGUCAUACAGGAAUUUGGCUUGACAGAGAAGGUCACCCUUGGUAUUGUUCGCCUUAACCUGAGUGAGUACGUGGAAGAGAGUGAGGCCUUCGUCAAGGAUGUCGCAUCGCCUGGUCGCAUGCGUAGUAACAGUAUGGGUGUCAGCCCGACGAGGGGUGGUACAUCACGGCCGCGCCGUGAUUCAGAUGUUGUCGAGGAUGGCAUCGUGAGGAGAUAUCUCAUGCAGGAUAGCAAAGUCAACAGUACGCUGAAGAUCAGUAUCCUCAUGAUCCAGGUCGACGGCGAACGGAGUUAUGUAGCUCCUCCUCUGAAAACGGCUCCCGUCUUUGGAGGAAUUGGAGGCAUCAUGAGCGAGGCAAUAGAGGAUGACGCUGGGCCAAUAGCUGCCGCGGUCCCCAACUUGUCUAAGCCUCGCGACGCCGCUGAGCUCCAAGACCUAUACCGAAGCGUUCUCGCUGCUUCGUGGAGCCGGCAACCGAAUGAGCACUCCGCUGAAGAAGUCAUUGAGGACAUUUUCAGCGGAGGCAACGGCUGGAAAACUAAACCUCAUAAUGCUUCGCCUGUCACUGACGGAGAAGACGAUGACGACGACAUGGGUCCACGUGAUACCAUCCGAGCCCGCGAUACUCGCCGUAUAACUCAUAACCUCCUUCACCCCUAUCACCAUCAUCACCACCACUCACACAGAACUGCCUCACCUUCGCACAACCACCAAAAUAACGGCCCAGCUGGCUCCUCACAUCGCCGCACACCAAGUAACUCGAGUGAUAAGAGCUUCUCGACAGUUACAGUUACUCCGUCGAACCGACGCAAAGGUGUACGCAUUCAUGAGCACCACCUCGACCACGCGCGUAGCAUGGCGAGCAUGACGUCUACCAUGACACUUGAUAGCGACCCAAUGCGCGAAGUGAGUUAUAAAGGAACCCGCGAAGUUAGAGAGGAUGAUAUGCGAAACGACCUCAUAGCUUGGCGAUUACCGGGUGAUGGUAACCAGGUAAUGUGA